AUGGGAGAAAUACUUGGUAUUGGCGCCACUCACUAUCCCCCGGGAUUGGUGCCCGACGAAUACAAGCCCUGGCCCUUGAUCCGGAUGUUGAAGACCAACCGUAUUCCUGAGCAUAUGAAGAACCCAGCCAACUGGCCGGCAGAAAUGCAGGCCGAGUGGGGCAAUGACGAGGGAAUUACUGCCCACAAGGCUCACCGCGCCAAGGUAUUCAAUGCGUUCAGGAAGCUACGCGAAGAAAUAGAUGCCUUCAACCCCGACUUUAUAGUGCUCUGGGGCGACGACCAGUACGAAAAUUUCCGUGAAGACAUUAUCCCGCCCUUCUGUGUCCUGGCCUACGACCAGAUUGACUUCCAGCCCUACCACCGCAUUGGCGAUCGGCCCAAUGUCUGGGACGAGCCCAAGGACAAGGUUUUCAGCGUCCCCGGCCAUCAGGCGGCAGGCCGCUACCUGACCCGCCGACUGAUUGAGCAGGGUGUGGACAUGGCCUACGCCUACAAGCCGUUGCACGAGAAGGCCGGUCUGGGUCACGCCUUUGCCAACACCUUGCUGUUCCUUGAUUUGGACCGCAAAGGCUUUAACUAUCCGGUGCUGCCCGUGGCGGUAAACUGCUACGGCAGCAACGUGGUACGGAUGCGUGGUGGUGCCGAAGUCUUUGAAGAGGAACUCGACCCGCCUUCGCCCACCCCUCGCCGGUGCUUCGAGGUGGGGCAGGCCACGGCCCGGGCCCUGAUUGACAGUCCCUAUCGUGUGGUGCUGAUGGCAUCCUCCAGUUGGUCCCAUGCCUUCCUGACCGAGAAGAAUAGCUGGGUCUAUCCCGAUCUGGAAGCCGACCGGGUGCUGUUGGAAGCCCUGCGCAAGGGCGAGUACGACACCUGGAAGAACUGGACGCUGCACCAGGUUGAGAAUUCAGGGCAGCAGGAAACACUGAACUGGCAAUGCCUGGUGGGCGCCAUGGCCGAGCUUGACCGCCGUCCCGACUACCUGGAAUGGGCGGAGUGCUGGAGCUUCAACGCCCCCAAGUGCCUGGCGGUGUUCAAGUAG